CGGCAUAUUACCUGCGCCCGAUUUAAUAUUAAGGUCAGGAGGAUGGAAGAAACUGAGCAUGUUGCUCGUCGACUUGAUAGAAUGCUGAAAAAUAAAAAGAUAGACGAUGAAUCUGCGUUAAAGUAUCUUCGACGACUUCGCAGCAUUGAAAUGACACUGGAUAUUUUAACUAAAACUGGUGUUGGUAUUAUCAUCAAUAAAGUUAGGAAAGCUUCUGACGACCCAGAAGUUGCUACACUUGGAAAAAAUAUUAUUAAACAAUGGAAAAAGUUGGUUCCAGAUAAAGGCGAUGCAUCUAUCCCAUGCACGAAUACUACAAGCAAUAACAAUAAUCAUAAUAAUGGUGAUAACAAUAAUGACAAGUCUUCUGAAUUAAAAGCCUGCAUCCCUUCUGACGAUUCAGCUCCGCAUGAUGCUAAACGGUCACGGAUAAGUGGUGAGCAUAACAAAAAAGACUCAACUGUUGAACAACCAUCAGUCGUCAAUGCAAGUCGUGGCUUCUUCCCCGUUCACUCGUUAACUACAAAUGAUCAAAUACGUCUUAAAGCUAGAGGGAUGAUUCAAUCAGCCCUGGAGAGUGGAAAUAUUCCUAGUGGUGCUUACGAAUGUGAAUAUUUGGCGAUUCGUAUAGAAAGUUCUAUCUAUGAUCUGUUUAAUAAUACUGAUACCAAAUACAAACAACGUGUGCGCACCAGAGUGAUGAAUCUCCGAGAUUCCAAUAAUCCAAACUUACGACUCAAUGUUUUAAUGGGACAUGUAAGCCCGGAAAAACUAGCGUCUAUGACGUCAGAACUGCCGACCAAUCAUAUGAUUGCUCAAGAGAAAGACAAACUGUGUCUAGUUGUGUGCCACUUCGAUGUGCAUUUAAAAAUUUAGCUGAUCCUGAGGAGGAAGCUGAAUAGGACAGACAAUUGGACAACAAAGCAAAUGCAUCAUUACUGUGCACCUUCCUUCCUUAAUGGUUUGUAAAAGGCCAAGUGAAAUCUAUGGGAGGUUCAAUUUUGUCUCAUUUGAUUGACGAUGGUGGUCACCAAGUGGACGGAAGAAGUGCCUUCAAGUGCUGUGAUCAAAUAGGGGUUAAAUUGUGAACUUUAAUAAAAUGCUAGAGAAAUGAUAAACUUAGUGCAAAUUACAAAUGUUGACACAUAACAAGGAUAAUAAUGGAGUAAAGUAAACUAGGUGAAAAUGGAUAUGAAAAGCAUAAUCUGACAUGGAAAUAUGACUGAUUAUGUACCUGAUUACUUUAUGGUAGGCCGGAGUAAACAAAGAGGAUGUUCUUUUUCCUCACAAAUAAAUCAGGUUUCUUAUCAAUCUCUUUAGCUUCAGGUAUGGUUAGAAGACGUAAUUGUGUGUAGAACUUUAUUGGAUACUUUGAUUGAACUGUAACUAGUUAGUAACUAGUGUAGGGUGUCUAGUCCUUUGCUUAGUGUAGACUGAAUUCUGCUGUCAGUCAAGUUUGCAAUGUGGCCACCUGUAGGCUAGGUAGUGGCUUGCCAUCAUGAUGCUUUGCACUGUGAAUCGUUGAUAUAUAUAUACAUAUAUAUCAUUGGGUGACAUAAGUUCGAAUAUCAGAGGACACAAGUUUCUUUCAAGGUUGAAGAUACGCCUUGGUAACAACUGGUGGCUGUCAGGUAGCACGAAACGCAGGUGGUCGAGCAAGGCUUCCUGUCCUGUCGGUUGCUUCCAACCAUCUAGGUCACACUUCUAUGCAGAAUCAUUUUAGAAUAAGAAAUAUUGUAGAACUACUUUUAUUAUUAUUAUUAUAAUCACCAUAAUAUGGCUAGUUUAUAAUAUUUCUUAAGCAAACUGUGACGCCAAUAUUAAGUUACAGUGUGUGAUUAUAUAUGGAUUUCAGUACAAAUCUAUAUCUUGUUUCAUCUCUUCUAAAAUCUUGUGUUGCAUUCAGAAGUGCCCUGUUGUUAAAAUGUCUGACUGUAGAAUGUUUUCCAAAAAGUAACAGCAUUCAGCUUCGUUAAAGCCAUUUUAUCCCACUGUGAAGCAGAGUUUUAUGAAUUGUUUACAACCAGUGGUUUCUCAUGCAGUCACUUCACUUCAUCAAUUUAAAUAAAGAAACAACGAACAUAUUUGCAGGAUAAUAAGAACUUGUCCUAUUUCGUGGAAUCUCUUCAGCUGAGUGUAUAUCCUGAAUACAUCAAUUGCAAAAUUUAUUUUAAUAUACUUCUUACAAUGACCUUGAGUAACAGAUAGAAAGUAUAGGCAACAUACUCUUUUAAGAUGAUGUAAGUAGACGAAUUAUUCAAUGUUAAAAUGAGUAACCAUUUAUACAGUGAUUAGAUAAGGCAGUGGAGUUCAGAUUUUGCUUGGAAACAAGGAUGGGCUGCUAAAGACAAGAUACAAGGUAGAUCAACAGAGUGAAUUUAUACAUGUUAUGAUGGAGAGUGCAUGAGGGUGGAAGUGAUUAGUAAACUGAAGUGAAAUUAUGGAACAGACAAAGUAAUUUAGUAGAUUUAGAAACUUGAUAGUGAGUUCAACUGAGUAAGUGAAAGUCGAAAUCGAAAUGAAGUGUGGAAUGCUAUGCAACAGAAUAAAAGACAAAGGCACACGAACAAAACAAGUAUGGUUACCAGGGUAGUGAGAGAUUAGUUACACUAUCUUUCUGUAUGCAUAGGUUGGGUCGAAGUCUUUUUAUGGGAAUGGCUUUUCUUUGUGUGUUGAUUAUUUUGAGAGCCUGACUAAUUUCCACUUAAUUAGGUGUUGU